AUGUCUGCUAAAGCUCAAAACCCUAUGCGUGAAUUGAAGAUCGAGAAAUUGGUCUUGAAUAUUUCUGUUGGUGAAUCUGGUGACAGAUUGACCAGAGCUUCCAAGGUUUUGGAACAAUUGUCUGGUCAAACUCCAGUUCAAUCCAAGGCUAGAUACACUGUCAGAACUUUCGGUAUCAGAAGAAACGAAAAGAUUGCUGUCCACGUUACUGUUCGUGGUCCAAAGGCUGAAGAAAUCUUGGAAAGAGGUUUGAAGGUCAAGGAAUACCAAUUGAGAAACAGAAACUUCUCUGCUACCGGUAACUUCGGUUUCGGUAUCCAAGAACACAUCGAUUUGGGUAUCAAGUACGACCCAGGUAUCGGUAUUUACGGUAUGGAUUUCUACAUUGUCAUGGGUAGACCAGGUGCCAGAGUCACCAGAAGAAAGAGAUGUCAAUCUAAAAUCGGUAACUCUCACAAGACUUCCAAGGAAGACACCAUCGCUUGGUUCAAGCAAAGAUACGAUGCUGAAGUUUUGGACAAAUAA